CUUUAUAAUUACCUCCCUUUAAUGUAUACGUACUCGAUGUGUACACACAUGUUUCGAUUGAAUACCUAUCGGAUUUGACACACGAAUGCAGUUAUUGGCCUUCUGCAUAUCGACACUGAUUUGACCACCUCUAACAGCGAACGAUAGAUGGCCAGCACUACUGACCAGUGUCCGGCUGACACACGUGCUCGGUAUACAUUUGUUAUCCUGCGACACGCAGAAAGCGAAUAUAACAGUGAGAAUCGGGUGACUGGUUGGGCGGACAGCGACCUUACGGCCAGGGGUGUCGAACAGGCCAGGUGUAUCGGACAGAUACUUAAGAAGAAUGACCUCACUUUCGACCUGGCUUUUACAAGCGUCCUGAAGAGAGCGAUCAAAACCCUGUACUUGGUACAGGACGAAUUGGACCUGCACUGGAUCCCGGUAACCAAACACUGGUGCAUCAAUGAACGCCACCAGGGGGCGUACCAGGGAAACAAAAUGAACAGCACCGAAAAGGAAAAAAAGCAUGCAUGGGGGUUUGAUUACUGUCCACCAUUGCUGGAUGAGUCUGAUGAGAGAUGGCGGAGAGUGGCAGAGGAUCCCCGUUAUAGGAUGCUGUCGCCCAGCGUUUUACCUAGAGCGGAGUCCUCCAAAAUGGCGUUGGAGAGAUUUUUACCCUAUUGGCAUAGCAACAUUGUACCCGAAAUCAAGACGGGAAAGAGGGUUAUUAUAGUUGCUCAUGCCAAUACCAUGAAGAAUUUCCACAAAUACCUCUCUAAACUGAAGGGUGAAGAUGUCAGCGACUUAAAGACGGUUGAGCAAGGCAAACCCCUACUGUACGAACUGGACGAGAAUUUCUUCACUAUAGGAUGGAGAUAUUUAGAAUGAAUAUGAGAUUACCUAUAACAGAUAUUGAAUUCAUUCACUUCAUAUACAUACAAUGAUUUUAUCAAACGUAUCUUAAACGUUAUAUUUUGGAUAUCAUAUCAACAUGUAAUAAGCAAUAGACAUGCUAUAUUUAUAUUUACCUUGAUGUGUUCAGUGAUAUUACCUUUCUGUCCUUCAGAUGAAAAGUUUUUUGUUUUUACCUUUUCUUCACAACUCCUGCAGACAAGACGUCUCUUUUUUUAUACUUUGUAACAGUUUAUUUAAACUGACAAAAAUGGCAGAAUCAUAAGUCUAAAAAAACAAAAACAAAAACAAAAA